CCAAAGAGAGUUAGCCCUUAGCCGCGGCCUUUGUGCGUUAUUUAUUAAUUUUUGUAUUGAAUAAAGCAGAGUUUUCAGUCUCCGGCUGCUUCGAUUUCGAUUCGACAGAGAAGGAGAAAGAAAAGGAACUCAGAGACAAAGCCGAGCACGAGCGGAGAGCGAAAAUGGCGAUGGCAAGCUUCGCGAGGAGAAAGGCUUACCUUCUUACGAGAACCUUCUCCAAUUCCAAUCCCGACGCCCUCCGCUACACUUUCUCACUCACCAACUUCUCCCGCGGCUUCGCUUCCUCCGGAUCUGAUGACAACGAUGUUGUCAUCAUCGGCGGCGGCCCCGGCGGCUACGUCGCCGCCAUCAAGGCGGCACAGCUCGGCCUGAAGACCACCUGCAUCGAGAAGCGCGGUACUCUCGGCGGCACCUGCCUCAACGUCGGUUGCAUCCCGUCCAAGGCGCUUCUUCACUCGUCCCACAUGUUCCAUGAAGCUCAGCACUCAUUUGCCCACCAUGGCGUCAAAGUCUCCAAUGUGGAGGUCGAUUUGCCCGCCAUGAUGGGUCAAAAGGACAAAGCAGUAGCCAAUCUCACCAAGGGAAUCGAAGGUUUGUUCAAGAAGAACAAAGUAACCUACGUCAAAGGGUACGGCAAAUUCAUCUCCCCCAAUGAAGUCUCAGUCGAUACCAUCGAUGGUGGCAACACUGUCGUUAAGGGAAAGAACAUCAUUGUUGCCACAGGCUCUGAUGUCAAGUCUCUCCCUGGUAUCACCAUCGACGAGGAAAAAAUUGUAUCUUCAACUGGCGCGCUAUCCCUGAAACAGAUUCCCAAGAAGCUGAUAGUCAUCGGAGCAGGCUACAUCGGGCUCGAGAUGGGGUCAGUGUGGGCCCGCCUUGGUUCAGAAGUCACUGUUGUGGAAUUUGCUCCUGACAUCGUCCCCACCAUGGAUUCUGAAAUCCGCAGGCAAUUCCAGCGCUCGUUGGAAAAGCAGAAGAUGAAGUUCAUGCUUAAGACGAAAGUGGUAGGAGUUGACAGCUCGGGAGAUGGCGUGAAGCUAACUGUAGAGCCUGCUGCUGGUGGCGACCAAACGAUACUUGAGGCUGAUGUGGUGCUAGUGUCUGCUGGCAGGAACCCAUUCACAGCUGGUCUUGAGCUCGACAAGAUUGGGGUUGAAACCGACAAGGGUGGACGGAUCUUAGUCAAUGAGAAAUUUGAAAGCAAUGUGAAAGGCGUGUUCGCCAUUGGAGAUGUGAUUCCAGGGCCCAUGCUGGCACACAAGGCCGAGGAGGAUGGUGUUGCUUGUGUCGAGUUUAUAGCUGGCAAGCAUGGACACGUGAACUAUGAUUUGGUUCCAGGAGUCGUGUACACACAUCCUGAGGUUGCGUCAGUGGGGAAGACGGAGGAUCAGGUGAAGGCAAGUGGGGUGCAGUAUCGAGUGGGGAAGUUCCCGUUCAUGGCCAACAGUCGUGCAAAGGCCAUCGAUGAUGCUGAAGGGUUAGUGAAGAUAAUUGCUGAUAAGGAGACUGACAAGAUAUUGGGAGUCCAUAUCAUGGCGCCGAAUGCUGGUGAGCUGAUUCACGAGGCAGUUUUGGCAAUUAACUACGAGGCGUCGAGCGAGGAUAUUGCUCGUGUUUGCCAUGCUCAUCCGACGAUGAGUGAGGCGUUGAAGGAGGCUGCCAUGGCCACUCAUGACAAGCCUAUUCACAUUUGAAGCGUUUUACUGCAAGUUUUGGAGAACACUUUUGUUUUCAAGGUUUUAGCUAAGACUGGCGUGGUUGCCCUCCUUUCAUCUUGUGAAUCCUCUUUUCCUGAAUCUUUUAUUAUCUGAUCGAUUGUCAGAAACAGGAGUUGUUACUGAUGUUGAUCAUGGCCUGUUGAAUCUUUUAUAGUGGCUGAAUGAAUAACUUCACAUUUGCUUGACAACGUUCAUAUUGCUUUCUCAAGGUUUAUGUCUUCCUUUUGCUUGCUGUGGAGGGUUGAUUAUAAAAUACAAGCACAGCU